AUGGUCUCAUAUCUUGGUCGCCUCGCGGCUUUGGCUGCUCUCGUGGCACCAGCUGUCUUUGCUGCUCCUGCUCCAGCCAACCUCAAGAUCCGCAACCUUGAUGCUCGUGAUGUUGUCAAGGACUCCUACAUUGUUGUCUACCAGAAGGAUGUCACUGCCGAGGUCCUUGCAAGCCACAUUGAGGAAGUCAACUCCUUGAUUUCCAAGCGUGAUGUUGGUGGAAUCGGAGCUACCUAUGACAUUGGCAGCUUUAAGGGAUACCAGAUCACCGCCGAUGCUGCUACCCUUGGUGAGAUUGCUGCAUCUCCAGAUGUCGCCUACAUUGAGAAAGACCAGAAGGUUUACGCCUCUGCUCUCACUUCCCAAACCGGCGCCACAUGGGGCCUCGGCCGCAUUUCCCACCGAAACCAGGAUUCUACCACUUACAUCUACGAUACAUCUGCCGGCUCUGGCACCACUGUUUUCGUUGUUGACACUGGUAUCCUGAUCUCGCACACUCAAUUCGGUGGCCGUGCUACUUGGGGAGCAAACUUUGUUGACAGCUCGAACACUGAUGGCAACGGACACGGUACUCACUGCGCCGGAACUAUCGGAGGCUCAACUUACGGUGUUGCCAAAGCCGCUAAGCUCGUCGCUGUCAAGGUCUUGGAUGCUACGGGAGGUGGAACCACUUCCGGUGUCAUCUCAGGUAUCCAAUGGGUCGGCAACAACGCCCCAGCCAAGUCCGUCCUCUCAAUGUCCCUCGGAGGAACCGCUUCAUCAGCAUUGAACACCGCCGUCCGCAACACCAUCGCCAAGGGCGUCACCGUCGUUGUCGCAGCCGGUAACAACAACGCCAACGCCGCCAACUACUCGCCUGCUUCAGAGGCACUAGCCAUCACCGUUGGUGCCAUUGACAUCAACGACAACCGUGCUUCCUUCUCCAACUUCGGAUCUGUCGUCGAUAUCUUCGCCCCAGGUGUCAACGUUGUCUCUGCAUGGAUCGGAUCCAACUCUGCUACCAACUCCAUCAGUGGAACUUCCAUGGCUUGCCCACACGUUGCUGGUCUCGCUGCUUACUUGAUCGCGCUUGAGGGUCUCUCUACCCCAGCUGCUGUUCAGUCCCGUAUCAAGGCUCUUGGCACGACUGGAAAGGUCAUCAGCCCAGGCAGCGGAUCUCCCAACUUGAUCGCCUACAACGGAAACGGUGCUUAA